AUGGAUGAUGGAACUUGUAUUGUUCAAGAAUCAAGUGACAUGUCUAUUUCAAGCGACGAUGAUGGCAUUAAGCAGCAGAAGAAAAGCAAUGUGGAAGUUGAACAUGACCUUGGUGAAGCCCAACCAGAUGUGUCACUUGGAGAUCCUGAACUGGGGAUGACCUUUGGUAAUGAGAAUGAGGUGCGAGAGUAUUAUACCCAGUAUGCUAAAGCAAAAGGCUUUGGUGUGACGAGAAGAAGUUCAAACAGUGAUGAUAAUGGACAAUUGAGGUACCUUACACUUUCCUGCAGCCGUCAUGGUAAGACUCAGUCCAACUCAAGAAAUAUGUUGAAGCCAAAUCCAUCAGCCGGGUUAGGAUGCAAAGCUAAAAUUAAUGUUACUCGUGGUCCUGAUGGGAAGUUGUACCUUUCGAAGGUCAUAUUGGAUCAUAAUCAUGCAUUAAGUCCACUAAAAUCUCGGUUAUUUAGAUGCAACAAAAGGUUAGACUACCAUGUUAAGCGAAAGCUUGAGUUGAAUGACAGAGCCGGAAUUCGGGUAAACAAGAACUUCAAUUCUUUUGUUGUGGCAGCAGAUGGUCAUCAUAACCUAACUUUUGGUGAGAAAGAUUCUCGUAAUUUUCUAGAGAAAAUAAGGAGGCUGAAACUUGGCAGUGGUGAUGCUGAAGCGGUUCGUGACUACUUUAUUAAAAUGCAAUCCGACAACCCAAACUUUUUUAGUGUAAUGGAUGUUGAUGAUGAAUCCCGACUUAGGAAUGUAUUUUGGGCUGAUGCCAGAAGUAGGGCAGUGUAUGACUCUUUUCAUGAUGUCAUUACUUUUGAUACGACAUAUUUGAUGAACAAAUAUGAUAUGCCGUUUGCUUGUUUUGUCGGAGUGAAUCAUCAUGGCCAAUCAGUUUUGCUAGGAUGUGCUUUAUUAUCAAAUGAAGAUACUGGAACAUUUGUUUGGUUAUUUCAAGCAUGGCUCACAUGUAUGUCAAAUCGUCAACCAAAAGCAAUUGUCACGGAUCAAGCAAAAGCAAUUCAGAAUGGUGUGGAAGUAGUUUUUCCGGAAUCUCGAUACAGAUGGUGCUUGUGGCACAUAAUGAAAAAGAUACCCGAGAAGCUAGGUGGGUAUGAUGAAUAUGAUCGCAUCAAGGUUGCUGUUGGCAAUGCGGUCUAUGAUUCAUUAACAGUUGCAGAGUUUGAAGUUGCUUGGAUGCAUAUGAUUGAGAAGUAUGAUCUUGGUGAUAAUGAAUGGCUUAAAGGGCUUUACAACUAUCGACACCGUUGGGUUCCAGCAUUUGUGAAAGAUGCCUUUUGGGCAGGUAUGUCUACUACACAACGUAGUGAGAGUAUGAAUGCCUUCUUUGAUGGAUAUGUUAAUGCAAAAACUCAAUUGAAGCAUUUUGUUAGCCAAUAUGAGAAUGCUCUUCGUGAUAAAGUUGAGAAGGAGAAUGUUGCUGAUUUCAAUUCUUUCAAUUCAACCAUACCUUGUAUCACACGCUUUGACAUUGAGAAGCAAUUUCAGUCAAUCUAUACAAAUUCAAAGUUCAAAGAAUUUCAAGAAGAGCUAACAGAUAUUAUGUAUUGUGAUCGGAAGUUUAUACAAAAAGAAGGGGCAAUAGAAACAUAUGAAAUAACCGAGGAUGUGCUAAUUGACGAAGAAAAAGGAUGGAGAAAGGAUAUUCUGUACCAUGUAUAUUUCAAUGAGGAAGAGUUCGAAGUUAAGUGUUCAUGUCGCCGCUUUGAGUUCAGAGGUAUUCUCUGUAGGCAUGUGUUGUGUGUGCUUACUCAAAAGAAAAUCAAGGAGGUUCCUCCACAAUACAUCCUUGCUCGGUGGAAAAAAAAUGUGAAAAGAAAACAUAACUUUAUCAGAUGCACAUACGGGGGGAUGGAAGACAGUCCUAUUGCCAAACGCUUUGAUAGCUUGUGCAAUUCUUUCUACCCAGUUGCAGAGAUAGGUGCCAUGUCGGAUGAUGCACACAAUUCCUUGAUCGAAGAUCUUCGCACCUUGAAAAUUAAGUACAGCAGCAACUCAAGUUCUGAAAAUAACAAUGAUAAGGUUGGUACACAGGAAGAUUCACCUUCCAAUGGGAAGGCAACAGGUAAAACUAUACUGAGUCCAAUAGCUGUUAGAUGUGCUGGACGCCCUCCUUCGGUGAGAAAAGAAUCUAAGGUUGAUAAGCUUAUUCGCCAAGCAAACGAAAAGAAGAAGAAAAAAGAACAAAUGGAGAAGAAAAAGGCUGCAAUAAAGGAGAAGAAGGAAGCUGAAAAGGAGGUAUCAUUUCGAAUAUUACAUUUUUCAGUUGUGAAAAAGAAGACCUAA